UCCUGGCCCUCCGUGGGUGAGUGCUGGCGGCCGGCGGCGGGUGGGGCCUCCGCGGGCGGAGGCACCGGGAGCGGGAGCGACGCCUGUCAACGCUCCAGGCCUAGCAGGAGGACUCGCCAACAUCCCUGCUGCCGCGCUCGGCCCCGGGCGUGCCGGUGGCUGCUCCCACUUCUGGGCCUGUGCCGGGGGCCGCCCAGGGGCUCUGCUAUCUUGGCACUGCAGACCCGGCAGGCACAGUCUCGGACUGGGCUCUCUCUCCUCGAGGGCAGAGCCGUGGGGCGGAAGCUGGCUGGUUGACCCACAGCGGCACGGCCAUGCCCACCUGGCCCUGGGGGCUGCUGCUGACCGCGGGCACGCUCUUCGCUGCACUGGGCCCAGGGCUGCCGGCCACCGCCGACCCCUGCUAUGACGAGGCGGGUGAGCCCCGCUGCUGUGUUCCCGGCCUAGUGAAUGCUGCCCUGGGCCGAGAGGUGCUGGCGUCCAGCACGUGCGGGAGCCCGGCCAAUCGCGUCUGCGAUUCCUCCGACCCGCAGCGGGCACACUCCGCAGACCUCCUGACCUCCGCUCCGGGCACCGCAAGUCCUCUGUGCUGGCGCUCCGAUUUGCUGCAACGGGCACCCUUCAACAUAACCCUCACGGUGCCCCUGGGGAAGGCUUUUGAGCUGGUCUUCGUGAGCCUGCGCUUCUGCUCAGCUCCCCCGACCUCCGCGGCCCUGCUUAAGUCGCAGGACCAAGGCCGCAGCUGGGUGCCCCUGGGCUUCUUCUCCUCCAGCUGUGGCCUGGACUAUGGCCGUCCGCCCGCUCCUGCUGAUGGCCCUGCCGGUCCAGGGCCAGAGGCCCUGUGCUUCCCGGCCCCCCAGGCCCAGCCUGACGGUGGGGGCCUUCUGGCCUUCAGUGUGCAGGAUGGCAGCCCGCAGGGCCUGGACCUGGACAACAGCCCCGUGCUGCAAGACUGGGUCACUGCCACCGAUAUUCGCAUAGUACUCACACGGCCUGCCGCACAGGGGGACACCAGGGACGGUGCGGUCACAGCACCCUACUCCUACUCAGCCACUGAGCUCCAGGUGGGAGGUCGAUGCAAGUGCAACGGGCACGCCUCACGGUGCCUGCUGGACACCCACGGCCGCCUGACCUGUGACUGCCAGCACGGGACGGAAGGCCCCGAUUGCAGCCGCUGCAAGCCCUUCUACUGCGACAGGCCAUGGCAGCGGGCUACAGGGCAGGAGGCCCACGCUUGCCUCGCUUGCUCCUGCAAUGGCCAUGCCCGAAGAUGCCGCUUCAACAUGGAGCUGUACCGACUGUCCGGCCGCCGCAGUGGCGGGGUGUGCCUCAACUGCCGGCACAACACUGCCGGCCGCCACUGCCACUACUGCCGGGAGGGCUUCUACCGCGACCCAGGCCGCACCCUGAGUGACCGCCGCGCUUGCAGAGCUUGUGACUGCCACCCGGUUGGUGCCGCUGGCAAAACCUGUAACCAGACCACAGGCCAGUGUCCGUGCAAGGAUGGGGUCACUGGCCUCACCUGUAACCGCUGCGCGCCGGGCUUCCAGCAGAGCCGGUCUCCUGUGGCACCCUGUGUCAAGACCCCUGUCCCUGGACCCACCGAAGAGAGCAGUCCUGUGGAGCCACAGGACUGUGAGUCACACUGCAGACCUGCGCGUGGCAGCUACCGAAUCAGCCUCAAGAAGUUCUGCCGGAAGGACUACGGUAGGCUGCCCCCCCCGGCCUUCCAUACCGCCCCCAACCCCUGGCUGUACCUCAAGGCUCAUCCUCUCCCCGGCUCUUCCACCGACCGAGCCGUGUCUUCAGCGCCCCUCCCUCUAGCGGGGGGCCGCUUCCCGUCUUCCCCAAGCAGGGUGGCGGUGCAGGUGGCGGUGGGCGCGCGCGGCGAGGCUCGCGGCGCGUGGACACGCUUCCCGGUAGCAGUGCUCGCUGUGUUCCGCAGCGGCGAGGAGCGGGCUCGGCGCGGGAGCAGCGCGCUGUGGGUACCGACCCUGGACGCGGCCUGCGGCUGCCCGCGCCUCCUGCCCGGCCGGCGCUACUUGCUGCUGGGAGGGGGGCCCGGGGCUGCGGCUGGGAGCGCGGCGGGCCGGGGAGCCGGGCUCAGCGCGGCCCGGGGGAGCCUCGUGCUGCCUUGGAGGGACGCCUGGACUCGGCGCCUGCGGAGGCUGCAGCGGCGAGAGCGGAGGGGGCGCUGCGGGACCGCCUGA